GAGCGCAGUCCAAAAGUUCACUGAUCGCGCGCUCGGGUUAGAGAGUGAAGCGGUUGGGCUGGGUGGUGGACGGCGAGGAGGCUUGCAAGAUCACAAUAUCGAUAACAGAAGUCUGCUAAAAGCUUCGAUCCAGAGAAGUAACAUCUGUCCUCGAAAUACUUGGUCCAAGAACGAAUCUUGGAAACUAGUUGUCUGUAGAGCAUCUCGGAACAAAACGAACACGAAAAUCCCAAUCAUGUCACGGAACCUGUCUCAUUGCUCUGACCGGUGUAAUGCAAAUCACAGCGAACCCCAUCUCCACCGCAACUGCACAUUUUUCACCCGACAACGGAGAGCCACACAUGUUUGCCGUCGUCUUACGUUGACCACCUCGCUGACGGUGACGACGGUCACGGUGCUAGGAGUGAUUUUGGCUAUACUGGGGCCCGCAACGAUGGCACCGACCGGAGACGGGAAUCUUAGCAUAACGAAAGUAAUCAACGGGGAACGAAUAAACUACAACAUGAAAUUUACCUACAACCCGAGCGACCGAUCGCAAUAUCCAGUUAAUCGAAAAACAGGUCGCCAGGAAGCAAUACUGGAGUAUUUCCGUAAGUAUGCCAUCCAGAUUUAG